CUUCAAUGUUGAGAUUAUAUUAGGUAGAUCACCCCAACUAGCUAAAAAGCCUAGGUCAGUGGUCGAUUACGAUGACACAGUCCCAUGUCUCACACAAAUUCCCUGGUCUCUCCAAUCACUCAGUUCAGAAAAAAAAGUGUUGACACCCAUUUUCGUUUUCCUAAAUAAAUUCGAAUUACUUCUAGUGCUUGAUUGAAAUUGAAUCUGAAUCAAAAGCCACUUUCUUAGGGUUAAAAACUCAAAGAUUCUCGCUGUCCCCUUUUUAACCCAGAUUCGAAUAAAAUAAAAAAAGUGAUUUUUUUAUUUUAUCCCUUUUCGUCUCUGUAUUUGAAGCAACAACAACGAUAUUCACGGUGUCUUCUAAGAAGUAACGGAUUUCAAUAAGAAUAAGAUAACUGAUUACUUCAUCGUAAUUUCUAUUUCAUUCAGGAAUCACUAUCUACCUAUCGACCUAUUUUUUUUAUAUUCAUUUUAUUUUCAUUUGUAGUUUUUACCUAACAAGCACCAGUAAGAUGACAUACUUGCAGCCCCGGGAUUACCAAAUCGAGGCGGCCAACGCCGCUUUGCAGGAGAACAUCAUAGUCAAUUUGCCCACAGGCGCAGGAAAGACGCUCAUUGCUGCGAUGGUGCACGAGCAAAUGCGGUCGCGUAUGACGCUAGUAGUCUGUGCUUCAGUUGCCGUGAUCGAACAGCACACACAGUUUUUUCAUAGCCGAGGGAUCCGCAAUAUACUUAUCGAUACUGCGGCCGGGUUAAAGGUAAGCAAAAACUGUUUUCUUCAUGUUGUUUCUCAACAUCAAUGAAUUUCUUCAUCUGGCUUUAUCUGUUUCUUCAUGCUGUAAUUACUACUCCGACGUUUUCGUGGAUCCUUUUCGUUUUUAUCACAUACAACAACAUGAACAUCACCAUCACGACCUUAACCCCAUAAUAUAUGAUCAGGCUCGAAUUUUCGACUAUGGUGGUGUAGGUGACGACUGGGAUGAAGCAGGCACAGAUGUGAAUUCUCGUAUGCUUGAGGAGAGACGGAACAGUAUCAAGCACAAAGUUCAAGAAGUACAGCUUAUCGUCUUUGACGAAUGCCACCACGCCAUUGGACAUCAUCCCUACGUGAAACUCGCAGAACUAUUUUUUCAGUAUUUCAACUACUUCGUUUUUGUUUUGAUGUAUUCCUUCGUGAAUUAGAUAAUAUUUUUCUACGAGUACCUAUUCCUCCACUUAGUAAUUGCUGUGGUAUAAUAUUAGACAAGACUAAGCCAUUUAUAAAGUUUUAUAUUGACCAGAGACUCGUUCUCGUCCCGCUAGAAGUGGAUGAGGCAAAAUGAAAAGGAGUUUUCUUCAGUCUCGGUCUUCUUGGCUAUCUUACUCAAUAUUACGUUUCUCUCAGAUAUAAGCCUCCUGGUAAUGCCGAAAACACCUUGCGCGUCCUAGGCUUGACAGCGUCGUUUAUCCACGGUCAAUUCGAGAACAUCGCCAAAAAGCGACAGCGUCUGGAGGAUAACCUACGGUCUAGACUGUGGGUGCCAAAAAAAUUCCAAGUGUCGAAGUCGGACAAACAUUUCUACAAAGUCGAGUAUAAGGAACCGAAGAACCUCGUGAUUUCGAAGCGCGACAUCGAAGCCAGGAGCCUCGAACUGAUGCGUGGUGCGCUUAGACAAUUACCUUACGGCAUGGCCAACAUCGUGACGAAAGAGGUGAGCAAGUCAGCCUAUUUGUGCUACUACAUAUUGGGUGAGAUGGGAUGGUCCUUUUUUCUCCGCGACGGUUUGGUUCCCUACUUAGAAGCCAAACUGCGACAAAAAGCGGAAUUCGUGGUACGGGACGCGGUGUCCCAACGCGAGGUGGACAAGCAGUACGCCCUAGAGCAUGCUGCUGCUCGCGAAAAGGAUGAAGAAGAAUGGGAUGACGACGAGUAUGACAUGGAUGCAAAAGAGGACGUUGGCAAAGCAAAGCUAGAUACCAUCGUGGAGGCAAUGGCAAAGGAGAAGAAAUCAGGUUCAUCCUCUGGAAGUGACGCUGAAAUGAAGAGUGCUAUCAGUGGUGACGACGUGGGGAAUGCUGAUGACGUACAAGAUCAAGAUGAUGCGGCCAACCCUCAAGAAGAUGCUGACAAGCAGGUGGACAAGGAGGACGAGGAGUCAUCUCCCAAGAAGCCGUACGAUGCCUUCAACAAAAAAGUAAAAGAAGCAAAUGGUGCAGCGACUUACGCAGCCUUCAAUAAGACAGAGAAAGAUGCUGCAGCUGCGAGUACUAGGAAGGGUGCGGGAUCAACUAGGAACGCCGAUCCCUCCUCAUGGUGGGAGACAGACAGCAAUGCGACGUGGGCAACGUCGCAGACAAGUUUACCAACAACGAGCGAAUUGGAAGCUCAGCGAGCGGAGUAUCUAGUACCGCUACAGAGGCACUUGCAAGCCUACAUACCACUCAUUCCUGACAUCUCACCGAAAGUGGAGAGUCUCAUCGAGAUUCUACACUCCUGCACGAGCAUGACGCGAGCGCCACAGCCAGAUCCCGUCUUUGGCCAGGCACUUGGCCAGGUACUUUUUUUCAUGACUUUUUAUGUUUCAUUUGAAUAAAAAACUUACUUGAGCAAAUAAAGAACUUCAACUACUGCUCAUUUUUUUUUGGACGUGAAUUUGUCACCACGUCUUCACAUUUUUUAUGCUGAUUCAUGUAUUUGAACACUUCAUAUUACACCAGGGUGGCAUCAUCGAGGAGAUCGACCAAACUUUGGUCUUCGUCGAACGUGCAGUGCUCUGCAUUCCUCUAGCGCAGAUAAUCCAAGCAAAAACCGGAAGACCAACACGGCCAGUGAUGGGUGUCCAAUCGAUGAGCGCCGAAAGCCGUACAGCAACGCUGCAAGCCUUCAAAGCAGGUCGGGUCCGCAUCAUUGUGGCAACCAGCUCCCUGGAAGAAGGUAACGACAAACAAACUUAAGCACAAAUGCUUGAUAUUUUUGUUUGCAGAUGACAGCUGAAAUUUGACACAAAAUGAAUAUUUCCUUGCUUGCAUCAACUUGAGACUGAACAAGUGGACUUUGUCUUUGUACCUACCUUUUCUACUUCAAGGCAUUUUGCAAGCAGAUCUAUUCCAUAAACUUGCGCGACCAGGUAUCGACGUGGCGGACUGCAAAGUUGUUGUUCGUUUUGACUACUUUUCGUCAGUCCGAUCGCACAUUCAAGGAAGUGGGCGGGCCCGUCACCCCGAUGCGAAGAUUUUCUAUUUCGAACAAGAGCCUGAAAUCGAGGAGCACAAGGCGACGCUGAUGACACUCGCAGCUGCCCACAAGGACAUCGAGAUGCCGAAUGUCCCAGCGCAGAUGCGGCAAAUAAUUCCAGGCAUAGACGAUGCCAACGACGGCACGCAUAGCAAGAUGCAAGACCCGCCACACCUGAGGGUCCGAGAAUAUCCGACGCUGGCUUUGUGCGGUGUGGGGCACAGCUUUGAUAAGGUAGUGCUUUUUGUUUGUUCUUUCAGUGUCCAGUUCAUGAUCAUGACCAUCGUCUAAGUAUUAAGUAAUUUAUACAUGGACCAGAACUGGCAGGGCACCGGUACCAGAAGGUGCGGGAAUAUAAGGAACCCGACAAAAGAGGUAGGGAACCCGACAAAAAAGGGAGAAACAGGGGCAGGCCAAAAGGUAUAAGCCUACAAAAAUAAGAGCCAAAAAGGCGGAAGAAUUGCCAGAAAAGGCAGAACCUGAAGCCGCGCAGGAGAGGACAGGAAAGCCCAGAAGACAGCCGCAGAAGCGAACACACCAACGAGCAGCCAGCAACCAACGAGAGAAAGAGAGAAGCGCAAAGAACCACGCCAAGCGACCCGAGGGCGCCCUUGGUGGCUGAGCAAUGACAAUCCCACACGACACACCCAAAACCAACCCCAGCACCUCCAAGCGGGACCAGGCGAGAACUGACGGGGGCGAACGGUGUUGGCGACAGCGCGCGCGCGCGCAGAGCGUUGUCGCGCGCGCGCGCGCAGAGCGUUGGGGUGCCACACACGCGACACAAAAAACCGCCGCACACCACACCCGCGGGGGGAUCGAAAAAGGAGGAAGCGCGCCGCUGAGAUCCUGCUGCCUCGCAGUUUCUCGCGCGCCUACCUCUGGCGGGUGCGGGGUGCUGCGGCAAGAGCGGGAGAACAGAGAGAAACGAAAACGCGCCAAGCUGGGGGGACCGGCCGCAGCUUGGUGGCAAUCUUGCCAGGACACUGCGCGGCCAAGCGCGCGCGGCUCCCCACCGGGUCCGGGCGCGCAUAACACAGGCCACCGGGGCGCUGCACUGGCAGUGGAGUCGGGGGAGCAGCUUACAAGAAGGGCCAAGGCCAAGCCCCCCUACUUUCCGGAUCUUUUCUGAUACCGCAGCCCCAAUCUUUCCCGGGACCAUGUUGGCCCCAGUAUUUCCAGGGAUCACCCAACCAGAAUAAGAAGGGACCCUCUCCGCUGAAAAACAAAGUAGGCUUGGGAUUUUUGCGGCCCCGGUCCGCUUAAAGGGGGAAGAACAUCGGGACCCUUAUAAUACAGGGGGCCCAGUUUUUCCGGUCCAUACAUAAAUACUAUCAAAACCAGCAAGCCUCAACCUUCUUCGUGCUGUCUCAUCAAGAAGAACGACCCCUAGUCGUUGACUGUGAUUUUCUUCUACACUCAUCUCUCUUUUCAGGAAACAACGCAAUGGGACCAUGUUGCGAACAAAUCACAAAGAGUCAUGACGUGCUCGAAGUGCAAGCGUGCGACAGUGGUGAUCAAAAGCCGCAUCUUUGGACAGGGACGGAAGAAAAAAGAGAGAUACUACUGCUUCGGUGGCCGAGACAACGACUGGGUUUGCAAUUUCGCUACUAAAGAAGACAAGGAAAAAGCGAAAAACAUGUCAGUUGCGGAGAUCAUCGCAGCGGGCGUGGAGUCUGGUCAGAUGGCUGCAAUGGCGGAAGCCGCAAAGAAACAGCAGAAGCCUGCAGACCCAGCUGACGAAGCGGCAGCACCUGGCGACGCAGCAACUUGCGCUGGUGAAUCAGCUUCAUCUUCCUGCGGCCCAGGUGCUAUUGCCGAAAACGAUGCAGUAAGGGCACCGGAAGCCGCUGGAUCAUCAGCAGCUGCGCCCAGUAGCAGCACGUGGGCGAGUGCGAAACAAGACGGACCGGAGGGCCAGGCCGGUGUUUCUCCAUCAAAAAAGAAGGAUCAGGCGAAAUCUGAAUCAAGUGGAGCGACCGCAAAGGAUGAACUACAAGAUUCUGCGCCCUUACCAAUGAAAGCGCAUGUAUCUUCAGCAAAAGACGCGGCAGACCGACGGGUGUACAACUAUCUUGAGGGUCCGCCAGAAGUGCCUAUCGUGUCCCUGAAAAAGGAGAAAGAGGAUGCAGCUGAGCAGGAACAGAAACUAAUCGUAUCUUCAAGUAUCAGUGCGUCGCGCAGCUCAGGAGGAUCCACCAGCGCGGGCGUAGCUGCAGCGCGCGCAGUGUACGGAUCUGGAGCGGGCGCCGGUCCGGGAUCAGCACUCUUUCCAACUUCCUCUUUGCCAGCGCACUACAGCGAGUACGCUCCGGGGUUGCCAGACCAUUUCGAGCAGCCGCCACCGCUGCCCGCGACUCUCGCGCCAGGGCUGCCACAUUCGGCCUUGAGGCGUGCGCAGUCGGCCACGGUCUCAGUAGGCGCUUCGUCGAGGUUCGACCCGCGCAGUAGGGCAAUCAGCGAAGACAUCACACCCGCGUCUUCAAGCGCAGUUCGCUUGCCUCCAGGUUUAGAAGACGCCGACGCAGCAGACGAGCUCAACGCGUCCAUGGUCUCCUCCAACCCCAACAAUACCAGCGUGACUGGCGAACCAGGUGGUGAUGAAACGACGCCAGCAUCGGGCGCAAGUCCACGCAAAAAGCCGCUCCCCGUCAUUGAGAAACCUAACCCGAGCUUGCCACCAGUUCUUCCUCCAAAUCCUGUUGCGGUCCCACUCCACCGCCAACCCCCAAGGCCAAAAGUUGCGCCGCCACGACAGCCGGACGCAGCGGACCGGGACGACGAUAAAGAUCUCGCUGACCUUGAGGAGUUCGCGCUCGAAGCACAAGCAGAACGGGAGGUCGUGCAGUAAGAGGAACAGAGUAUUCCCAUUCUGAUCAACAAAAUAUCUUCUUCUGCUGUUCAAGGGGUUAGUGCUUCGGUUGAUUGAUAUUCUGAUAAACGGUUUGCAACUUAUUUGGUUGUGAUGUGCGUGCGGCAACAGAACUGAACAUCGAGAUUGAUGGGGAGAGGACAAUCAAGAUCAUGCUCUUACGCUUGUUGUGUAAAAAAGGAUGGUCGUUCCAGCUGCUUGAUCCAGUAUUUGAUAGCCGUGAAUCUGCAGUAUCUGCUUCUCGGCGCUUGUUGACGUUGAGGACGGCGUGUGCGUCUAUCCUCUUGUUUACUGGUUGGCAAAGAAAAGGAUUGAAAUUGUGGUUUAUACUGAGGGUCGGCAGGCAGGCGAGUGCAGUAGAAAGAAUAUGCACAGCUAAUAACCACUGCCAAUAGCAGAACUUGCUUUGCUCUCGAAGAAAUUUGUUGUUUUUCCUUCAUCCGAAAUAACCGAGCUGAUUGUACUUAUUACAAUGUACCCCUGGAGCCACUUCGUUCAUACGACGUCCAUUCGGUUUACUAGGUUUAUAGUGUAGUGAAAAGACUGUAGGAGAAGAUCGAAAAACGGGUGAAAUCUGCCUCACAAGAUGGUGGAAGGUAGAUGAUUGUACAACGCUAUUGACUCGCUUUUAGAUGAAAAGCUAGCAUUGUUGGCCACUAC